AUGUUAAAAAAAAGAUGGCUGGACGAUGCAAUGAAAAAUGAUCACAUAAGAUCAAUAAAUUACAAAGAUUUUUCUGAUAUCAAACCCGUAGCGCGAGGUGCAUUUGGUGAGGUUUUGAAGGCAUACUGGAAAAAUGGUGAAAAGGUUGUUGCUUUAAAAACGCUGCUUGAUAACCCCUCUCAAGGAGCUGAAGAAUCAUUCGACAAUUUUGUUCAAGAAGGUGUAGAUCCCUCGCAACAAUUUUCUCUGGAUGCACUUAAGAACGUUGUUAAUCAAAAACCUGUGAAUGUAAUUACUCGUUUAAAUGCACCAAACAACUUCGGUAUGCCAUCACUAAACAAAAACAUGGCUGGAAUGUCUAUAAAUGAUCAAAAUCGUUUGGGCAUGAAUAACAACAAUAAUGCAUAUAGACCACCUGAACGACCGGGGCCAGGAGGUGCAACAAAUUUAAAUCAUUUAAAUCAUUUUGAUCAGAGGAACAAUCAACUCAAUCCCCAAAUACCACAGCCUGGUCAGAAUAUUGUUGGUCAACAUCCAACGCCAGUUAAUAAUCCUGUUAAUAAUCCUGUUAAUAAUCCGAACUUUAUCGGUCAAAUGCCAACUAAUCAUCCUCCAAACUUUCCCAGACCAAACCCAAUUGCACCUACUAAUCAUCCUCAUAAAUUUGCAGGCCAAAAUCCAAUGUCAGUCAAUAAUGUGGCUCCGAACUUUGGCAAUCAAAAUACAAUGCCAGUUACUGUUACAAAUAAUUUGCAGAAUGCUCCUGGACAACACCAAGCAUCUAAUUUUACUCAACCACCGCAACAACCCGUUGUUAAUAACUUUAAUAACUUGGUUCAACCACGAAGUAUUCCACAGACAAAUCAAAAUCCCAUUAAUCAUACUGCUCCGGUUCCACAUACAGGAAAUCAACAAUUCCCUUAUGCAAGACCGCCUUUUCAAAACGGAG